CUACAAUGUCCAGAUCAAGCUAAGACAAUGUGUCAUUGCGCGCUGCAUACCGGAGACGGUGCGAAUGAAAGUUCUUGCUUGGUAGUCCGCAAACGCAUACACACAACACGGUUCUCGCUUAGCAAGUGCACAGCUUAUCAACCUCAAGUCAGAUACGCCACCGUCUCGGUUGGUUACUGCAUUGGCAAAGGCCACUGAUAAUCUAGGUGAGCGAUCAUGACCAGCCACUGAACCAGAGUUGUUCCAUUUCUCAGUCGCAGAACUUGUACUGCUCUUGGCCGUACGGCAGGAGCCACCAGAUGUGUAGGAAUAUCUAGGCAUCCCGCUGCUAGCAACACCGCCGCCACAAUGGACAACGAAAAGGGAAGAAUGCCACUGACGCUUGCUGUGCAUCGCCAGGACCAAAGUCCGACAUGGGCUCUUUGCGCUGUUCUGGUGAUAAGCUUCUGCAUAGCGUUCGCUCACGGACAAUCCGGAAAUUUCCAAGGGUCACAUUACAACAUCAGCACAGACGACAUAGAGUGGGAAUCGGCCCGGUCGAGAUGUGUGAACAAUGGUGGUGAUCUCGUGUCCAUUGGCACUGAAGAGGAGCAGGAUUUCCUGGAUGAUACGUUUGUGGACGAUGCUUGGAUUGGACUGAAUGACAGAUCGGUGGAAGGCACAUUUGUGUGGACAGAUAUGACGGAGUCUAGCUACGAGGAAUGGGCUGGUGGAGAACCUAGCACGGGACCAAUGGCGAGAAAUCGAGACUGUGUAAUGUUGCAUGCUGGAGAUAAUGAUUGGGAGAAUGAGAGAUGUGAUCGACGGCUGCAAUAUAUCUGUGAAUUUGCUAUCCCAGUGACUCAGCCGCCAAAUACGGAGUCGACUAUACGCAUUGCCGAAACAACCUCACCCAGCGAGUUCGGAACUGGACGCAUAACCGAACCCACUCCUCCCCCCAUGUCAUCGUCAACGUCAACAUCAAUGACGGUAUUGACAGUUGCUACCUCAGCAUCGACACCCAUAACCAAUGUUAUGUCUUCGUUUCCCCUAAACGCAUCUACCUCUAUGGCCAUAACGUCGAAUACUACAGACAGAGUAUCGAACACAGCGGCACCAAUUUCAGAAUCAACGUCGCGCACACAGCCGGUGGAGCAUACCACUACGGCAGGUCUGUUGAUCACGUCUGCACCGCCUGAGGAGGUCAGCUCAUCUUCUAUCUCUAUGAUCAUGACGACACUUUCUGGCCCGAUCACGCUAGGACAAGGAUCUGACUCUUCAGGCGUUUCUGCAGGCCUUAUCGCCGGCAUUGUUGUCGCUGUUCUCGUUGUUCUGAUGGGAAUCGCAGUUUUCGUCCUCAUUCGGCGCAGGAGGCGAGCAGCGUACAUUUCCCCUGCCAGUAACAACACAAAAGUUGGAAUGUCAAACCCGGUGUACGACAUGGAGAGUAGCAUUCAGGUCACGCAUCCUCAGAAGCCUCCUAUACCAGACGAUGGGUUCUAUGCAAAUGUCACAUCGUCCGGGCCACGGUCCAUGGGCACUAUACUAUCGGGGUCUGCGUCAGAAUAUUUGGAGCCAUCAGAAACCGGAACGGCGAGAUCGGAGGCAAUGCGGCAGAACAUGAACGAGUAUCAGAACACUAAUGGCGGCGAGUGUGCCCUGUACUACGACAAUACACAGAAUGAUACUGGAAAUACACUCGACAACGGGUGGACAGGAAGCACGCCACGUGAUUUCAACAUAUACGAGGAGGGCGUACCCUAUGAUGACGUCAUUGUCAAUAACAACACAACACCCAGAAGCUAGGUAGUCGACCACGCUUGCCGAUAUGCCUUCUCCUCUUUUCUGUCGAGCGAUUGGCUUCUCCCUUCAUGCAUUAUUGAGUAUUAGUAUUGUGCAAACCUGGUUUAGUUGGUGGGUACCUAACUUGUACCCCAUCGUUUUCCUUGUUUCAAUUUAGUAUUUUCCUUGGCUCGCCAUCUGAGUACUCAUUGUGAAAUGUGCCAUUGAUUUUCAUCGCCUAAAUGCAAUCCUGCUGACUUGAAAUAAAUCAUGUUACGUUCUCUUUCCAUCGAUUUUCCAACACAUUAUCCGUACGGACAGGUGUAUUGCCAGCAUACUCAUUGUCACGCUUGAUAUUAUCACAUUCAAUUGUCAUUAAUACUUUAACAUCCCGCUGCCCCUCUACUCCCCCCCCCCCUUCAUCACCCUCUCUUCCAACACACGCUGAAUCCUUGUUCCAUGCAACAAACCAUUACUGCCACUUCUGAUUAUUGUAGUUCUAGUGAAUUAGUCUAGACUACUAGUAUACGCAAAGUCGCGCAAGUACAUGCACCCCUGCCUCUAUUCCCGGGCAACAUGAUUCUCAGCUGUGAUCAAGCACAUUGUUUUGGACAUUGAACUGUUUCAACUGAAGUGGCUCCGCUUCCAACCCUUUCCUGAACUAACGCCAGGUCCCUAAUUGGACCACUCAGGAAACACUCAAACAUUAUCAUUGUUUGCGUUGCGCUCUUGAGACCUAUGCGGACAUUCACAAAGCUCGAAAAUACUGCUGAUUCCGAUGUUGCUGAAAGCUCUUGAAGGUCUGCGCCUUGA